UUCAACUGUGUUCCGUUCGUUCGCUGGUCGGCGGGCGCGCGCUAUCUUAGUUCAUGAGAUAUACCUACAUAACCAUUUCUUUAUCAUGAUUUUUUGUAGUUAGUAAUUUGUAUUCGCUUUGCGCUAACGUUGAUUGGUGCGAACCGAAAAUGCUGAGUGCCAUAGGUUAUUAAUUUGUAGUUAGUACGGUUAAAAUACAUUAAAUUCAAAUAUCAUACGCCGGUUGUCACAGUAAGAUCGUUCGUGUGGUAGAAUUACAUAUCGGUUGCCAGUAAGCAGUCGUACGAGCUUUUCAAACACACAAUGGAUUUAUCCGAUGAAGAUGAAAACCCUUACGAUUUUGUUGCGCAAUAUAAAAAACUUCAAAUGGAAAGGAAAAAUAAAGUUUCCAAUGAUAAACAACAACCAAUCGUCAACAGUACCAUAACUUCACAGACUACAACUUCUGUAAAUGUAACACAAAGUUCCUCUACACAGUCUGAUGCAUUAACUAAUUCAGUUGUAAAUACUAUAGUCAAUUCUACAGCAAGUACUAAUGGCCAAGGUCGUAAUGCUCGUAGUCGUCGUCAGCCAAGAGGAAGAAGAAAUUGUGCAACUGAAGAAUCUACUAAUGCAGUUGGACCAGUAAUAUGCAUAGGAGAUUUUGAUGAUGGUUAUGAUAUGUCAUUGCCUAAAGUGUCUACGGAAAAAACAACUAAUGAAAAAAUGAUGGAGGAUGCUGGCAAUAUUAUGGAUAAUUGGAAAAAAAGACAAAUUGAAGAAGCUGAAGUGGAAGAUGCCUUAGCUUUAGCAAAUCGUGUUAUGAAUGUAAAAGUCUAUUGGCGACAAAUGCGUACAUAUCGUUUUCCUCUUAGAAUGUUUCAGCCAAUUUCAAGUAUUUACGAACAUUUUGCAAAAUUAGAAGAUAUAGAUCCUUCACAUGUUCGUUUGGAUCUACACAAAAAGACUCUUUCACCAACAGACACACCAAAUUCAAUCAACUAUAAAAUAGUAGAUUUCAUUGAUGGUGAAAUAGAAUUUUAUAAGAGCCCCUACGAUACACCCGAUGUUGUUCCAGAAGUCAAAGAAGAACCACAAGAUGAUUUAGUCAAAUUUUGUAUUAAGCAAAAAGAUAUAAAAAAACCAAUUUUUAUGGAAAUUAAAAAAACUGACAAAAUGCUGAUUUUAUAUAUCAAACUAUCAGAAAUGUUAGGAUUUGAUAUAGACUCGUUUACAUUAGAGUUUGAUGGUGAUAAAAUUAAAAAAACUGAUACAAUGGAAAGCUUGGAUCUAGAAGGAGAUGAAUGUUUUGAACUCUUCCAGAAACAAUCAAAAAAAUAGAUUUACUAUGAGAAUAAAAAUAAUAAUACCAGUAUAUUUAAUAAUAUAUACUAACUAUAAAUAAUGUGUUUAUCUUACUUAUUAGUUACUAAUAUUCCUUAUUUUAUUAAAUUGUCAAUAAUUAAUAUUAUUAACAUUUUGCUUAUUUGUUAAAUAGGUUGUUCAAUGAUAGAAACUCAUCCUUUAAUGUAAUUUUUCUUUUUAUUAUUUAAUAUUAAAGUAUCAAUGUAACAGUCCAAUA